UGUUCCCCCCCCCAGCCCAAGGUGGUCGUGCAGAGCUCGGCCCGGGUCCUCUACGAUGUGGGGCGCUUCUGGAAUACCGGGAGGGACCCCCAGCUCCAGGUGCAGACGGAGGUGGAACGCCUGGAGACCCCCAACCCGCUGCCCCUCAUUUUGGGGGGCACCGUGGGGGGGCUCGUCCUGCUGGCUCUGGUGGCUCUGGUGCUCUACAAGGUGGGCUUCUUCAAGCGCCACUACAAGGAGCUCAUGGAGGGCGACGGGACCCCCACGGCCCCCCUGGCUGAACCCCAGGGGUGAGGUGACCCCCAGAUGCCUGGGUCCCCC